CACUAGUCUCUCAUAUGUCUGGAACACAAUGAGAACUUUUAAAAGUGUUCAAAACAAAAUUAAUUGGAAUACUUGGCAGCACAAAGAUAGAGAGACCGAGAUUAGAAAUACUAUUGCAAACCUGGCACCUCCGUGGGUCGAGGAAAAAAGAAAUAAAGAAGUUACAAUUGAAAAGCAGACGCAGAACGAGAUGAACGUUGUAUUCUCCAUGGACGAACUUCUUCGUGCCUUGAACAUGAUCAGGAAGGACUCAUCUCCUGGGAUGGACAAUGUGGACUACUCGAUGCUGAGACACUUAUCUUUGAAGGGCAAACAAGUUUUGUUGGGUAUAUAUAAUAUUAUUUGGACUGAAAAUGUCGUUCCAACAGACUGGUAUACAUACCAGGUUAUCUUUAUAGACAAGAUCGGUAAGGAUAAAGUUAGACCGAUUGCGCUCUCUUCAUGUGUUUGCAAGUUGAUGGAAAGGAUGAUCAAUGAGAGACUUAUAUGGUGGUUGGAGAGAAAUAAUAAACUUGACCCGCUACAAAAUGGAUUCCGAAGAGGCAAGUCAUGUAUGGAGAACCUAGCGAAGAUGGUUGCGGAUAUCGAAAGUGCCAAUAUUGAUGGUUGCUUUUGAAACAUAUGGACAACGUGGACCUGCACAAAAUUUACCAGCUCAGUCAAAGAACGACAUUGAUAUAGCGCUUGCAAAAUUCUUUUUUGGUUGCAAUAUACCAUUUAAAGUUGUUGAAUCGAUACAUUUUAAAAAUUUAAUAGC